UUUCCCUCAUCUCUUUUGUGUUAUCCUCACACAAUGUCUGUAACUUCUCCUCUUCUCUCUCAAUUCAAAUCCCUCACCAUUUCCACCCCUUUUCUCCAUGGCUCCUCUUCUCUUUCUCGUCUCUCCACACCCUCAUCCUCUAUCACUUCCCAAAAACCUUCUCCACCUGCUUUCCUGCCUCCAAUUCGAGCCAUGAGAUCAAUGCAAGGCAGAGUCGUCUGCUCCACAAACGACAAAACCGUUUCUGUGGAAGUUACUCGUCUUGCUCCUCACCCAAAGUACAAACGUAGGGUUAGGAAGAAGAAGAAGUACCAAGCUCAUGACCCAUUGAACCAAUUUCAAGUUGGGGAUUAUGUUCAGCUUGAAAAGAGUAGGCCCAUUAGUAAGACCAAGACCUUCGUUGCUAUACCUGUACCACCGAGGAACCAGACCAAGGUUAAGGAGGAAGAGAAUCAGGAACUUGGGCUUCCGCUUGAAUCUCUGCAGACGAGUUAGAGCAGUGUAUUGGAGUUCUAACUAAAUAGUUGAAUGUGUGCAUAAUUCUUGCGAUUCAUGUGGAUUAGUGAACAAGAUCAAUUGAGGAAAUUAGUGACUUUUUGAUGGUGCAAGAAUAUCAGAACUUGAUGGUCAUGUACUGGUCCAGUUUUAGGUAUAACAGAAGUUCAACUUCGAUUAGUCAGCUUGCAAUGUCAUUUUCUGCUUCUGUAUUGAUUGGGAUUUGGGACUAUAAAAAUGUACAAAUGAAUUGCUUGACCAACGUUGUUAACACAUAUCAUGCCACUAAGAGAUAAUAUUAGUGAUAAUUAUCUGAAAAUGUGUCUUCUGAAGGUUGCUUUGUCCUUUUGAUUUUUCCCUGGCUGCAAGAAUGAACCAUAUGAAACCUAAGAUGUAUAAUCCAUGAUAACAUUUUCA